AUGACAAGAAGAAGACAACCCCAAAAGGAUAACUUACCCUACCACAAGAAGUACUUGUUUGUAAGAACCACACUAAAGAAACUCUAUUCUCUUGUCAGUAGUUUAACCCCAGAACAACACCAAGCUGUUAGAGACAUUGGCUUUGGAUUACUUUUAGGCAUAAUCCUCACAUCCUAUGAUGGCAACCUGCUUAGAUACCUUCUAGAGAGGAUGGAUAUUGGUAGAUGCUCAAUCCAUCUACAAGAAGAUGAGCUGUUCUUAGACAAGGAUGAUGUGCAGUCAACUCUUGGUGUUCCUAGAGGACAUGUUCCUAUUGUAGAGGGUGUUUCUGCCAAUGAAACUGAUGCAUUCACCAAAUUGGUUGCUGACUGGAGGGAGCGAUGGGGGAUAGAGAAGGGCACACCAUCGACCUCCCAGAUGCUGAAUGGGAUUGUUGAAGGGCGAUCACGGGGAUUUGUUCAAACGAGAUUUUGUAAUCUUUGUUGUUUCCACCCUGAUCAAAGAUGCAUGAAUUGGCAAUGAAACUAGUUUUGCAGAAAUCACAGAAUGCAGAACUCAUAAGUCACUUUGAAGGUUU